AGGGGACAGUCAAAGGGGAAAAAGAAAAACUAGUGAGCAGGCAGUUUUGUCGGAUUCUAACACCUUGUCUGAAAGACAAAAGAGAAUGGUGUGCUUUGGAGCCCACUCAUUGGAAGAGGAUUUGGAAUGGUCUGAGCCUCAGAUUAAAGACUCUGGGGUAGACACGUGUAGUAGCACCACCCUUAAUGAGGAGCAUAGCCAUAGCGACAAGCACCCUGUUACGUGGCAAGCAUCUAAAGAUGGCGACCGAUUAAUUGGCCGCAUCUUAUUAAAUAAGCGGUUAAAAGAUGGCAGUGUGCCUCGAGAUUCUGGAGCUAUGCUUGGUCUAAAGGUUGUGGGGGGCAAAAUGUCAGAGACUGGUCAUCUCUGUGCUUACAUCACCAAAGUGAAGAAGGGAAGCCUAGCAGACACUGUUGGGCGGCUGCGACCGGGUGAUGAGGUUUUAGAGUGGAAUGGGCGGAUAUUACAAGGCGCAACAUUUGAAGAAGUUUACAAUAUAAUUCUGGAGUCCAAACCAGAGGCACAAGUAGAAUUAGUGGUCUCCAGACCUAUAGGAGAUAUCCCUAGAAUACCUGAUAGCACACACGCCCCGCAAGAUUCCAGUUCUAGUUCAUUUGAAUCCCAGAAAAUGGAUCGUCCCUCCAUAUCUGUCACUUCCCCCAUGAGUCCUGGAAUGUUGCGUGACGCUCCCCAGUUCCUGUCUGGACAACUUUCA